AAGUUAUGGGCGUUUAAGGUUAUCAAAUAAAUGUAUAAAAGCUGAUUUCGGAGAUUUUUAAUUUAGUGCUUUCUCAACAUUAUUGUCAAACAAUUAUAUUAAUAUGGCGAAAUUCUUAGUAUUUGCCUUUUUGAUUUUGGUAGUUGCUGUAUUAGCACAAGCAUCUGACUCUGAUUCUGACAACCCUUGCGAAGAAGGAGAAGUUACUAGUUUCGACAAUGGUUGCAACAGCUGUAUUUGUGGCAGAAAUGGAGUGUGGGCUUGUACCUUAAAACUGUGCUUGGAGAAUUCAUCUAGAAAAAGGAGAGAUUCAAGUUCUGAUAACCCUUGCAAAGAAGGAGAAGUUACUAGUUUUGACAAUGGUUGCAAUAGCUGCGUCUGUGGCAAAGAUGGAGUGUGGGCUUGUACUUUAAAACUUUGCUUGGAAAAUCCAUCUAGAAAAAGGAGAGGUGCAGUAUGUACUCUGGGCGAUAUAAUGUUCAACGACUGCAACACAUGUUAUUGCACCGAUGUUGGCGAGUGGCUUUGUACCAGAAUAGGCUGCCCUAAAAAUUGAAAUAUGGAAAUAUUAUUUUACAUCGUUAUAUAAAUAGUAAUUUUGUAAUAUUCUUUAUUUUUGCCUAUAAUAAAAUCUAAAAUUUCCCCUAAAUAUACAGGUAUAUUUAA